AUGUUUCCUUUAUUGAAUUUUGCCACAUACCCCAAAAAUUAUUCUUAUCUUGAAUUAAUCCAUUUACAUGAUAAUGUUUUUACUUCACUUGAUAAAACUGAUUAUUAUAAACAGUGGAAUAUUAGAGCUCUCAUUAAAUUCAAGUGGAAUACCUAUGGAAGACGUUAUUAUAUUAUUAUUUGGGCAAUAUAUUCAAUUUUUAUGAGCUGUUUUUUAAUCGUUUCAACAAUUCGUGAAGAUAAAAUUUCUUGGAGCACUCAAUCAAUUCUUUUGGGAGCAACUAUCUUUUUUGGUUUUAUUCAUUUAACUUUUGAAGUUCGUCAAUUUAUUCAUAAACCAAAAUAUUAUAUUUCUAGUCCUUGGAAUUGGAUUGGAAUUAUGGUCUUAGCUUUUGCUCAUUCUUUGCAUCUUUUGUUAAGACCUACUAGUGAUUAUUCUUAUAAUCAACCAAGUAAUGUAGAUGAUGUUAAUAAUCCCUGGAAUCUUGUUUCAACUUAUAAAAUUAUUUUACCUAAUGGUACUGUUAGUGAUUAUUCACUUAUUCAAACUCCUAAUGAUAAUACAAAUCUAUUCGCUUGGUUUAGUACUUCUGUUUUAGCUGUAUAUUUUAUGCUAACAGGCGAUAAGAGUUCGGUUACUUCAUGGAUUUUUAAAAAUAAUUGGACUUUAGCUAUUUUAUUAACUCUAUUUUUAUUUUUUACGACUAUUUAUUUAUUAAAUCUAUUUAUUGCAUUACUCUCAAAUGCUAUGAGUAAUACAUAUAAUAGAGAAUCUUAUUUACAAAUAAAAGGAGAGAUAUUAGCUGAAAUUGAACUUCAUUGGAUGUUACCUCAUCAAAGAAGAAAUAAAAAUUGGUUUCCUGAAAUUUUAUAUUACGAAGCUACACUUAAAAAGCUUAAAGAAUACUUUAAAAAUGAUGAAAUUUUACACGAUUUACUUCCUGCGAUUAAAAAAAUUGCUGGAAUUGAAGUAGUUGAAGUCUUAAAUAAAGACACUGAACUUUAUGAAAUUAAAAAAAUUAUUAAAUCUGUUGAAUCUAAAGACAUGAAAAAAGACAUCGCACUUCACGCAAUCAAAAAAAUUCUUGAAAGUAAAGAUCCUAAUGAAGGCAAUACUCCAAAUAAAAACAAUGCUCAAUCUGAAGUUAAUACUCCAAAUGAAAAAAAUGCUCAAACUGAAGUCAAUGAAAAAAAUGCUCAAACUGAAGUCAAUGCUCAAAAUGUAGUCAGUGCUCAAAAUGAAAACAAUACUCAAAAUUAA